CGCGUCGAUCGGGUUAAUAUUUUUUUCUUCAUUCGAAAUCACUUAUAAACAUUUUACUCUACAAAUACUGCAUCCCUAAUGGCUAGAUUACAAAAGGGAACACAGAAAUUUGGAAAUAUUACAAACCUUGGUACUGUGGAAAUCAAAUCGAAGUUUGAUGCAGAAUUUAGACGGUUUUCAUCAGAGAGGAAUCAAUAUAAAAACUACGAGGAAUUUUACAAGCGCGUUGAAAAUAUACAUAGACUUACAAAUACACCUUUCACGACAUGGUACACCGAUAAUCACGGAGACUUGCUUCCAAUCAACAAUGAUGAUAAUUUACAAGUCGCUUUAACUAGUGCAAAGCCGUUAUUACGACUAUUUGUGCAACGAAAAGGAGAAGGUUACGAACAAAAUGGUCUUCCUCCUGAAGUGCAGUUACGGAAAAAGAAUAUCUUUUCAAACAUAGCAAACGUAAACAGGUCAUCAGCGUACACCAACAAAGUGGCAAUUAGCACCCCGCAAGACUUCCGUCGAGUAUCAGCUAUCGUUGAUGUCGACAUAUUACCAGAAACACAUCGGCGUGUACGACUGCUUAAACACAAUUCGGACAAACCCCUAGGGUUUUAUAUUCGAGAUGGAACAAGUGUCCGGGUUACCCCAAAUGGACUAGAACGAGUUCCGGGAAUUUUUAUAUCAAGGCUCGUUCCGUUUGGUCUUGCAGAGAGUACAGGACUGUUGGCUGUUAAUGACGAGGUUCUAGAAGUCAAUGGAAUUGAUGUGUCGGGAAAGACUCUUGACCAAGUCACAGAUAUGAUGAUAGCAAACAGUCAUAAUUUGAUCAUAACUGUAAAACCAGCUAACCAACUGAACAAUCCAAAAGCUGGAACUGCUCUCGAUCGCUUAAAUGCGAAAUCAAGAAGUUUGACGAACUUGAAUUCAAUUCCAUCCAAUCCUACGGGAUCUCCGACUAUCGCUCAUGCGUAUUCAAACCACCUCAUGGGCGAAGAUAUUCUCGAUAGUGAUGAUGAGGAAAAUCCUACUGUCGAUGAAUCAGGUGUACUAUCAAUAUAAAUAUUCUGCGUAGCAUGUCCUUUUUUCAUCGUUCAAGCUUAAAAUAUUACUCAUACUACAACACGUUGCUUCAACUUCUCGGGAUAUAAUCAUCAUUUGUGUAUUUGUAUAUACUAUUUGGAGUACUGGAUUGUUAAACUACAAUGAACAAAGCUGAAAAGUUGUCAACAUUGGUGCACUGGGAGAUCAAUGAUUGAUCGUUUACAUCUGAAAAUGCUCAAUCUCAAAAACAUUUUGGAAAUUACUUGUCAUGUUACAAGAAAGCAUUCAAGACAUUGUAAUCAUUGCUUCCACAAAACAUGCAGCCUGCAAUAUCAUAACACAUUGCAUCUCGUAAAGGGCAACAUCUGAAAGAUAUUUCCAGGAGUGAAGACAAAGCCUGUCAAUAAGUAUAGUAUAUGUUUUAGAAAUGAUAUUAAUAAUUUCUUAAUAAUUAGUGGGUGGGUUUAUAAUUAUUUGGAGAGAAUUCCGAGUCCUUUUUCUAAAACGAUAUUGAACCAUAAAUGGUAGAUUUUUAGUUAUAGUAAUUUAAUUUUGGCAUAACAUACCUACGUACUGUAUUAUACUCUAGAGCAGAUUCUUUCCCUGAACACUAUAAAUGGCAAAUUUGUAGGAUAAUCAUAUACCAUGUAAAACCCUGCUGUAUAGCGCAUGCAGUAAAACCAUGAAAUAAAAACAAAGUUGAUACUGACAAAUAGUAGCUAUUUAGAGACUUAUAGUUGCUAUCACUCAACCAGAACUUUUAUUAAACAAGACACAAAAUGGUGUCUUGUGUAUUUGUCUUUGUUUUAUUUCAUAGUUUUACUGCCAGUGCGCUAGUAUAGAUUCUGAUUGAAUGAAUAAUUGAGUCAAUUGCACCAACAAACAGGGGUGGAUCCAGGAUUUUUAUAAGGGGGUGACAGUUAUAGUUUUCCUUGUGCCAUUACCACAGGAAACCCAUAAAAGGCGGGAAAUGGUGUAAAUAUUGCGUCUCAAGUUGAUGGAAAUUAUAAUUGAAGUUAGAUUUGAAGAGUGAAAGCUUCUCCAGAUAAAAUGUUUUAUUUCAACCUAGCUGGGUUAACCUUCAUGUGAUUUGCAUUUUUACACGUGAACUGAGAAGAAUAUUCAAAGAAUCUUGUUGUGAAUACUUUUUUUCUUGAGUUGCUUUUCUUUGACUACCCUGGAGUCCAGAGGUCAUUUUAUUCUCCCUCUGGCUUUUGCUGACAUGAAUUUUUAGUGCUCACUCGUUACAACCAUAGGAUGCGAAAUGGAAGCUCUGGAGCCCAGGAAGUUCUUUGACAUUCAAAGUUUUGAAAUCUUAAAUUAUGCAAACAAUAUUCAAGCAUAUUUCUUUCGUAAAAUAACAUUUUAGAUAGUUAUAUAGUACCUGACAUAAAUAUUUGGCUUAGGAACAACAUUGAACCUUACUGUAAUUGUAUAAUUGUAUAAUUCUGGUGAGGAAAAAUGUAUCUACCUAAGAAAAUUUCCUGCAGAGCAACUAGUUUGAAACUAGAUAGUCUAAAACAAUCACAUUUCAAAACACUUCUUUACUCUGUACUUAUAGUAAACAUUUUAGAAACAUGUCAUUAUGUAUGUGUAUGCCCAUUUAUGCCUAGCACUGCAUCGCACAUUUUAUGAAAAAAUAUUUCAAUAAAUAAGUAUUUCUGAUAAUAAA